AUGGACGGCUUCUACCAUGAGGAAAAUAACCAGCAGCCUAGCUCAUCAUCUGGAAGUCUUGCUCGACGGCUCUUUGAUGGUUAUAGACGAUCGGUUUUCAACAUUGCUGAUCAUAAUGGCCAUGUUCCAGGGCACUGUUUUGUCAACAGUCUUCCUUACAUUGAGCUGAAGGAGUCAUACCUUCAAAGUCUGGCAUCUACCAAGGCUCAGUUGCAAUUUUACCAGACUGCAAUAUUUAUGGGGUGCAAUACUGGAGAGAUUGAGCUAGGAAUGUCCAAUAACACUCGAGGCAACUUGGAAAUGGAGAUGAGAAAAAUUUUUGCUGAACAUUUCUCUCCACAAACAAUCCCCAAAGAGCUGCCCCAGCAAGCCGAUCAAAACUGGCUUUCUUCGCCUUCGUCAUCCUUGAGAUCACUGUCAAUGGAUAGCCCGGAGUACUCGCCUCACCUAUUCAACAUUCCAAGCACUUCCUACAUUCCGGAACCGCCCAUAGAAGCCCCUAUUGAGCAAGCAUUGAGACCAUUAUCAAGCAAUGGCUGCCCUCUCCAGCAAGCCAUUCAAGCCUUAAGCCAAAUACGGAACAGUCAAUUCCCUUCAAUAGAUAGUGAAGAUGCUGCAAUGACUCAAGCCAUACUCGCCGUUUUAUCUUCUUCUUCUUCUUCUUCUUCUUCCUCCUCCUCCUCGUCAUCUCAUCAGGCCCAUCAAAAUUUUCCUCCCACUCGCCAAUUAAACCAGAAGGGCACUGCAUUCAUGAGUUAUAGAUCAGCUCUAGCCCCCACAAUCCCGAAAAGAACGACAAUCCGAAGACAGAAUAUGCUCAAAAGAUCAAUCACGUUACUCAGAAACUUAAGUUUAUUCGGAAGACAAGAACAGGAACAAGGAAGCCGACCCACGAACACGCAGUUGCACCAUAUGAUAUCCGAAAGAAGAAGGAGAGAGAAACUCAAUGAAAGCUUUCAAGCACUAAGAUCACUACUUCCUCCAGGAUGUAAGAAGGACAAAGGAUCGGUGCUUACUAGCACAACGGAGUAUUUGAGUUCUUUGAAGGCUCAAGUUGCAGAACUUAGUAGGAAAAAACAAAUAUUGGAGGCACGCCUGCCAUGGAAGGAAGCAACUGAUGAUCAAGAACUGAAUGGAUCAUUAGAUGGAAGAAGGGUACAUGUCCACAUUGCACAGGUAGCAGAAUCCACGUCUGAAACACGAAUCGUGGAUUUGCAGGUGAUUGCGAGAAUAGAAUGCAGCUUGUUGGAUUCAGUGAUUAGCAUACUGGAGUUCUUGAAACAGGUUGGCAUUGUUCACUUGAUGUCCAUAGAAGCUAAUACCCUGAUGGUAGAAUCAAGUCCAGUGAAUCUCGUGGCAUUGAGAAUGAAAAUUGAGGGAGGUGAAUGGGACGAGGCUACCUUCGAAGAAGGUGUGAGGAGGGUUGUGGAUGACUUGGCACAGUGACAAUUGUACCAACCCGCUACACGACACGUGUUACGCAUGUGGGCGAAGAAUUUAAGUUGUGGCUACGCAUCAUUAUAGCCGAUGAGGCUCACCAUUUGUCGACCAAUAAUUAUGUGGAAGUCAACAUAUUCUUGAAGCUUAAACAUGUUGAUACCUCUGACCAGUCUGCACAAUUUAAUUUGGUAGUAAUCUAUCCAAAAGCAAU